AUAAUCCCUAUAUCAUGUCGACUUCCGUUCACGAACAAAUCAGCAGUAUUUCCGGUUCAUGAGCACUCGAAUCCAAUAUGAAAUUGUUUUAACAUUAUUCAUCUAUUCAUCGACACGCUUGGAUCAGACUCUGUUAUUCCACAGUAUUUUUUUCUAUCAUUGAAGCGUUUGCUUUCUUUAAAGGUUAGUGAUUGUCAAGCCUAGACCAGAGGAGCCUAGACUUCCAAAAUCGAAAUGAAAAGGACUUCUACGAAGUUAAGACCACGACAGGCACGAAAGUGCAUAGUAUCGAUCCUCGUUAUUAGUGUGUUGAUUAUAGUCUUGGACUUGGUAUUUUUUGCACUGACCAUCGCAAGAAGCGCUUCUGACUUGAAACAUGCCGAUCUGCAGACGCUUUACUCUGUCUAUUGGCUUGGUUUACCUGUGCUCUUCACAGCUAUCAUUGGAAUCAUCGCAGGAGUACGAAAACAAAAAGCUUUGGUGAUAGGAUACAUGAUUUUAUCGAUCAUCACUUGUGUGCUGGCUGCUUCAAUGGCAAUUCUGUUCGUGUUGGUUGUGUAUAUCGUAUGUGGAUCAUUUGGUGAAAAUGAACGCGUAGGACGAGACGGCAAGUCAUGUGGCUUAAAAGAUCCAAACAGAUUUAUGUACAUCACUAUGGUAACCGAUGCCGUAUUGAUUUUUAUCUGCUGUCUGAUUGGCUCGAUAUUUGCUUGCUGUCAUACAUGUUCGUGUUGUUCUCCAAGGWCCAGAGAUGAACCAGAAGUCAUCACUCUUACUCCGCUCAAAACCAAACCUACAGAUGAUCCGUUCGUUUAAAACAGUAAUUACUWGCAGCACAGUUGUCUCGUCAUCUCAACAACAAGAUAACCCAGAUUGAAUUGCGUUUCUAAUAUGGUUCCAAAAUAUUUAUAGCUAUUUAAAUUUACAUAUCMUUAAUCACAUCAUACAAACGAGGCUGGUGGUGACAGCUUCGAGUCCUAUUUAGUUUAUAAUGCCGAUAGGGAACGAUAAGUGAUCGAGGAGGAAGCGGAUUCCUAAUCUCRUCGAAGCGCCUCUUUGUUUCGUCGAAUGACAGACUUUCGACUUCGUUACGGUACUUUUCAUUGAUAGAAGGUCUUAAAUCAUCCAGUACUCUCUUCCAGUUUGCAUGCCAAUGGAUCUUUCUUGGGUAAGGUCGGUGGAGAGUUCCGUGUGCUGUUGUGAGUAAAUUAUAAAGAACCUGUCCCUGGAAUUUGAUAUCCGYCUUCAAAAUCAAAUAUUUCUGGCUCUCCUGCCAAUUGACUGCUUCGUAGGUCACGUGAUAGGGUAACAAAUGUGGUAUUGCAUCGCGGUGGAAAGCGUUGAAUGCGCCGUCGAAGUUUGAAUACGAAAUAAAAGGAAAUGGAAAGGGUCCUUCCUUGCUGCAAAACGCUUCCCAGACGUCGGGGACAUACUCUGAAAUACAGUACUGUCGUUGCUCGAAGCAAAAGUUCAACAACCCRACCGCCGGCUCAAACUCCAGCAAAAACCUCUCGAACUCUCGAUAAGGGUUGUCUUCUCUCUGCAACCGCUUCCCACGAAAUUUCAAAUACUUGUGAACCACAUCGCGUGACAGCCUGUCGUUAUGCAACGACGAAUGACGAUGAAAGACUUGAUAGGGCUCGGUAUGGUAUAACAUGACRUCAUCGUCCAUGAAUAUAUAAUAGAGAUAUUUAUCCACAUUUGGUAAAAUAUGUGAGAAAAGAAGAUUUCUCCCUGUUGACCACGUGGUGUUGUACUCUGURAAGAUGUAUUUUACAUUCGGGUACAUUCUGCCUGAAUCUUCACAACGGUGUUUCCAGCUAAGGAUCAAAAUAUCGAAUGUGUGUCCCCGCUGUCCAAGUUGAUCAGGGCGCAGAAAAUGUGGUGGAAGACAGCUUUCUGUUUGCGUAACGUAGAGAAAUUGUUUUCUCGUUGCUUCGCUCUGCUKUUCUUGGAGAUUGCUUAUUAUGGAUGCAUCAUACGGGUCAUUUGAGAUUGCAUCCGGGAACUUUGAUAAAAGAUGCUCGUUUCCAUGGCGAUUGUUGUUUUCAUACGGGAUAUCUGCUGCUUUAUCACAUAGUGAACACCAAAAAAGUUUGAGAUUAAAAAUGAAAAAUAAUGCUGUUGCAAAAAGGGUUAUUGAACACAGAAACGCUCGAUAAAGCAUGGUGAUAUCUGGCCGUACUUUUGAACUUCAAGCCAUCUGAAAUGAAAYAGAAAAACAUCAAAUUAUAGUAAUAAUAAAUAUCUAUGCCAUGUGCCGUGACUAACAAAGCGUUUCGUCCGAUACAUUAAAGUCGAGUUUUGGUGGACGUCAAUCAAAGUUACACAACCAAUAAAGAUAAGCCUGCUGGUUCUGAAUGACAUCUAGGUCAAAACARAGUUUAAACCAGUUAGAUAUUUAAAAUCCAAUGCAAGAGUCAUAUUAUUAUGACUUGUAUAUUAAAUUUUAAUAGCAAUAGUCUUACUUUUUGUAACUUUGUUUGUAGUGAGGGCCGUAUAAGUUAGUUAGAUAACUCAUUGGGUUAUUACCCUACCCUCUUUAAUAUAUGUUAUUGUAUUGUAUUGUAGGAAAGUAUUGGGAAAUAAUAAGCAGGAAAAAAUAUAUGAAUAACCGCAGUAAGUUUAUUUUGGYAUAAAAAACGGAGGUUUCGUUGCCAGAUAUAUCCAGCUCUCUCAUAAAAUGAAUAAAAAUUCUUUUCCCUCAGAAGUGGAAAUAGAAAUAGAAAGGCUUGAAAUAAAGUAACGACUUAAGCUAU